AUGCCGUCGAACGGAGGGAGCAGCGACGCCUCCUGUCUUGAAGUCAUCCGCGCGGCGAUCCGCUCCCACACCGACAACUUUCCUUCCAAAUGGGUUGAGGUCCUUUUUUUAUUCUUCUGAUCAUCUGUUUACGACUAGAGAAGGUCAAAAUACGACUUUAAGCUAUUUGUCGACUUCGAAAAUGCCGUCCCUACCGAGGCUGAAAAAGUUCUUUUUGAUGUCGCCGACGAAGUCCUCGUGAAAUGCGACCGCGCGCUCCUUGAUCUCAACUCCUACUCAUUAGGUUGGACGAAGAUCUACAUGAAAAUGAAAAGACGAAAUCAGGAGAAGUGCUGCUACGACAAGGAGCCCAUGAUGUGCAGAACAAAGAUAUGGCUCUGGAAAUGUUGAUUCAGUUUGAGCCGUACCUCGUGAGAAUGAACUCCUACUUAGAGCUGUCCAGACUUGUCGAAAAGGUUGUCGGAACCAUCAUCCUGACGUAAAAACUCAAAAUCUCAGUUGGUUCCGGAGCUUCUGUGGGAACUGACGUCGGGACCGUUGCCGCUUGAAGAGCAACUCAUCAGCCGACAGGCGAUCGCCAAGCAGCUUGCUCAAAUAAUCAAUUUUUCUAUCGAGUUCGACAACGCCAGAGUGAGAUUAAUUUUUAAACUUUGUGAAAUAGAAACUAUUCCAGUCGAAAGUCCCCAUUAUGACCAACGACCUGGCGCUCUAUCGUCGCGUGUGCCACGUGCAUGGAGAAUACGGCCAGCCUGACAGGUUUCACAACGCGGAGAACUUGAUUCGAAUGGAUACUCAGGACUUAUUCGGAGGAGCAGCUCGGAGAGAUAUGCGCCUUCAUUUCGAUGUUCAACCCCAUGCACAAGUCGCUGCAGCGGAGCGUCGAGAACUUCAUCAAACAGCAUCCUUCGAUGCCGUUGGCCAACACCACCGACUCAUUCGUCACCAUUGUCAAGUGAGCUCUUUCUGCCGGAACAUUGGACAUUCUUGUUUUCGUCGAAGAGGUUUCGAAAAGGCACUAUUGCAGCGUGUGUCGUUUCAUGCUGACGAACAAAGACACGCUGGACAUCAUGCAGAGACAGACGCGGCUGCUGUGCGCGAGGGUCAUGGUGGGCCUCAUCGUCCUGUUCGACCACGUGAGUCCCAACGGAGCUUUCUGCGACUCGCCCAUCAACUUCCGCAGUGUCGUCGCCCUCAUCCGAACCCACACUUCUGGCGAACAGGUAUUCUCUCGAACCGAUCGAGGUCUUUACAAACUGGAUUGGAAACCUUCGAUUUUGAACCAAAAAUCCAAGUUUCACCUCUAAUACUCUCAAAGUUUCAUUUUAAAAUUUCUGAAUGCCGUUCCACAGAGUAAAUUAACUUUUUCGCAGUCGAAAAUAAAUUUAUAAAUAAACUUGGAAAUGGACAUGAGACAUUCUUUAAUAGUAAAUCAGCCAAUAGUUUUAUUAUGCCAACGUUCGGUUUCGAGUUGAAAAAUGUUUAUAAAAAAAUUUUUAAUGAGAGAGAAUGUGUUGUGAGACAUUUUUUUUAAAACGAAAAAUCAUUUUUUUGAAUGGAAUUUGGAUAUUUCUAUAGAUUUCCCAACACAGCUUUUUGAUAUCAUAGCUGAAGAUUUUUUCUUUUCGCAACCUGUAAAAACGUUCAAAUUCGGAGAAAUGAACUUCGAAUGCGAUGUGGAAAGAAUUCAAAAAACUUGUCAGAUGCAAAACCUGAUCGACAUCCUGCGAUACAACACGCGGAGCUACCGCGACGGCAACAUCCCCCGGACGACGCGGCAGCUUCUCGACGGCGACCUCUGA